AUGGAUUUCCACCUGGUACCGAGGGGCACUGACCGGAACUAUACGGGUUUUCUCACAAAGACAAUCGUCUACUCGGGCACACUGGUACUGUUCCUAGCUUCAUUUACCUUGACACUAUGCUCCAUCGUGAUCCCAAAAUGGGUCAGCUAUCAUAGCGAAAAGCCCGCCCACCACUACUCCUACGGACUCCAUCAACGCUGCUCCUCACUCACCGAUACCUGCGAGAGUUUCCCCCAGAGCGACGAUUGUCAUGGCGACGACCGGUAUUUCUGUUCCAUGUGGCGCUCUGUCGGGUUCUUGAUGUCCUUUACCGUGGUAUUGGAAGGAAUGAGCAUAGUCGCCUACGUGAUCAUCCUCGGCGGUGGGAAGCGACUGCGCGAGAAUGGGUGGCGGGUUCUUAGUUUGUUGAUUAUUUUGUCUGCUAUUGUGCAGGCGGCGGGGAUGUCGAUUGUGGCAUAUCUCUUCGACAACGAAGACCGGUUCUUCGUUGGCUGGCGUCUGGACCAGUCCUGGAUCUUCUGCACUGUCAGUUGGUGCUUUAGUUUGAUCUGCGCGGGCGCGAUCGUUAUUGCGGCUCAGAUCUUGCCGUCUGAGGGGGGGUUAUGA